UCCUUUUAUUUUAUUUGCGUAGAUGUGUUUCAAUUCGAGCUGUUAUAAUUAUGUAUUUGUGUACGUCUUAAUGGACUUUGUGUCUGUUUUUUAGUUGAGUACGUUUACAUUUAAACAUGGAGUUUGUUGCUUUUAGUUGUUAACUAGAGAAUAAUAACGCUUCAAUCUCCGAAUGGAGCUUAACAUUUGAGGUUUCUUUUUCUUCUUUUUUUUUUUUCCUUAUUAUAUGUUAUUUAGGAUAAUGGGUUGGUAUCAGAAUUGAAUGAAAAAGAAAAAAAUUAAGUAGGUUGUUUUUAAGUCUGCUGAUUCUUCUUUUAUUUAGAUUAUAUGAUGGACUGAUUGUGAAUUGUGGCCUGAAGGAUGGAAUUUUAUAUUCUAUGUUUCUCUACUUGAUGAGAGUGGAAUUAGAGGCAUUUUCUUCUUUUAGAAAUAUCUGCUGUACUAUGGCAAGGAUUUGAGGAACUACUGUAGCAGUGCAAUUGUUUCAUGUUAUUUGUUUUGAGGCUUUGAUUCUGUUGGAGAUCAUGGCUUUUAGAUCUUAUAUCUCCAGUUUUUCAAAUUAUCAGUUGUCAAUUCAGUACUUAGGAACUUAAUGUUGACUCUUCCUAUUUGUUGUUUUGUUCUUAGGAUUUCCUGAAUGGACAUUUGAAGUUGCAAGGCUGGUAUUGAAGCUUUAGAAAGAUUGAUUAGUAAACCAAAUUAACUUUUGAGUUUUAGUUGUAGAAAUUGCACAGUAAGAAGCAUAGCAAACAAAAGGCAUUUUUGUUACAGUGGAAAACCUCAUUGCGAAUCCCUAAAUCUUGUUAGAGCCCUAAAUUAGGAUUCUUCUUCCAAUUUUAGAGACUUCCAAGUUCCCAAAAUCUAGCAAAAUGGCAGAAUCAAUUUGCAGAACCCUCAGAGAUGGAGCUCUAGAAGGGGAGCAUGCACCAGCUCUCACUAUCAAAGAUACUUCUGCUUCACCAUUUGGGUUUGACAUGUUUGCUCAUGUGCUCUCCCGACUCUCCUCCUUCAUUUUGGCUCAGAAAUCGCAGUUCCAGGGUAUUGUGGUUCUUGCAUAUACACGGAGUCCGUCAUUUUAUGUAGAUUUGUUGAAGAGACGAAAAAUUGAUGUUGCUUCCUCUCACAAAUGGAUUUAUAUUUUGGAUUGUUAUACGGAUCCUCUUGGGUGGAAGGAUAAGCUUGUGGAGCCUGGAAGUAGAAUGGAUAUUUCUCAUGAAGCUUCUAGCGUGGCUCACCUUUGUAAGGAUGUGAAGGAUCUAGACAGCUUAUACACUUUGAUUCUUGAACUGGGAAAAGGAUUGGUUGGACAAGGCAAAGCUCGUUUCUCGGUCGCUAUAGACUCGGUAAAUGAGAUGUUAAGAGAUGCAUCUAUGUCAAAAGUUGCAGGACUUUUAAGCAACCUUCGUAGCCACGAUCAAAUAUCUAGCAUCUACUGGUUGCUACAUUCAGACCUUCAUGAAGUCAGAGUGACAUCUAUGCUGGAAUAUAUGUCCUCUAUGGUGGCAAGUAUAGAACCACUAAAUCGAUCUGGUAAUGGACAGAGAUGGAAUUUGGAAAACCUCUCACAGUUGCAACAGAAUUUUGGAAAAGGAAAGCUUAAUGUUAGAUUCAAGCGCCGAAAUGGGCGUGUUAGUGUGAUGUGUGAAGAGUUCGAAAUUGAACAGUCAGGAAUGAAUUUUACAUCUAUUUCCUCUGAAGAUGCAAUAAUCAAUCAAGGUCUUUGCCCCAAGGUGCAGUUUAGCCUACAACUGUCAGAAAAGGAGCAGGUGGAAAGGGCUAAGGUUGUACUGCCUUUUGAGCACCAAGGAAAUGGAAACCCCAUACAAAUUUAUGAUGGUCGAAAAUCUCUCACAGAGGACAAAAAUGGGGAGACACUUGCUUCCAUUGGGAAUUUGCAGAGAAAUGAGGCCUCCAGUGUGGGUGAGAUAAUAUAUUUUCGUGACUCAGAUGAUGAGAAGCCAGAUUCUGACGAGGAUCCAGAUGAUGAUUUGGACAUAUAACACAGGGGCCCUUGGAUGACCAAGACUGCCAAACAUUGUAAAUUAUAGAGCUUUUUUGGCACAUAUUGUUGACUCUUUUAUCCCUGUUCAUCAAUGAAAUUUAGAAAUCUAGAUUAGCAGGGAAUCAAUUUGGCAAUUGAAAUUGAGUUUCUGCAAA